AUGAGGAUAUCUACAGUAUUCAAUUCGAUAUUGUUGUCAGCAGCAAUUGCUAACGCUCUUGUAGAGAAUAAUAUUAAUGAAUCAAAACCUAUAAAACAAAAAAGAUCAUUUUUGAGUGCAUUGUUUGGAGGAAGUACUACAUCAUCAUCAUCAACUCCAGCAGUAGCAGAUGCCGUUGUCCAAGCAGCUGCCGCCGCUCCAGUAUCAUCAGUAGUUGCAGCUCCAGCUGCCGCCGCUUCCCCAAUAGUCGCUGCCGUUUCAUCAGCAGUUGCAGACCCAGCAGCAUUGCCUGUCACAUCAGGAACAACCACAGAAAGCACAGCUUCAGUAAUACCUGUUGCAGAUCCACUUGCUGCUGAUACCACAACAAAUCCAUUAGCAGUUCCAACCACAACAGCCAUACCCACACAAACUUCAACCACAGAUGAUUUGCUAGGAUUGUUCGGAGGUUAUGCAAUCUCAUCAUCAUCAUCAAGUAGAACUAAUUCAAGUAGUUCAUCAUCAUCAUCUUCAUCUAUACUUUCAUCAACUACACCACUAGUACUUUUCCCAACAACAACUUCCACACCAACUACUUCAACACAAGAUGCAUUAAACCUUUUUGGUUUACUCGAUGAAACUACUAGCUCUUCAAGUUCAAGUUUAAGUUCAAGCUCCAUUGCAAUUUAUAGUCCAAGUUCUUCAAGUACUAGUUCUUCAUCAUCAACAACAUCAACCAAAGCAGCCUUCAAUCUUUUUGGUUUAUUCGAUGCAGCAACUACUGCCAGCGUAAGCUCAGACCCUGUUUCAUCUUCAGUUGCAUCUUCAACUUCAAGUGUUUUAGCUUCGUCAACAUCAAGUUCUUUAGCAGAAGAAGACCCUUUAAAUAUAUUAUUCGGUUUAGGUUCUAGUAGUUCAUCAUCAUUACCUGCAAGUUCAAGUUCAAGUUCAUCUAUCCAGAGUUCAUCAAGUUCAGAUGAUAACAUUCUCGGAUUAUUUGGAAUUGCUACCCCAACAUCUUCUAUUGCUUCUAGUUCUACUACAUCAUCUUCUAGUAUAGCUCCAUCAUCAACAUCAACAACAUCAGGUGGACUUAUAGCUAACUUCUUUGGUCUCUUUGACGCUGCAACCACCACUUCAAGUACGACCCCAAGCUCAUCUACUGCUUCAUCUGUUAGCUCAUCAGCAGUACCAACUAUUAUCAAUUUUGCAGCUCCUGUGGCUGCUGCUAUUAGCAGUGAUGAUGAUGAAGAAUGUGAAACUGAAACCGAUGGUGACGAUCCAACUUUAAGUUUACCAAGUUUACCCACCAUUAGUUUACCGGGAUUACCAACUAUCAGUUUACCAGGAUUAAGUGAUCCAACUAGUUCAAAUUCAAGUUCAAGUUCAAGUGACGAUGAUGACGAUUGUGAAACUGAAACCGAUGGCGACGAUCCAACUUUAAGUUUACCAAGUUUACCCACCAUUAGUUUACCGGGAUUACCAACUAUCAGUUUACCAGGAUUAAGUGAUCCAACUAGUUCAAAUUCAAGUUCAAGUUCAAGUGACGAUGAUGACGAUUGUGAAACUGAAACCGAUGGCGACGAUCCAACUUUAAGUUUACCAGGUUUACCAACUAUCAGUUUACCAGAUUUACCUAGUGUCAGUUUAUCAGAUUUAAGUGAUCCAACAAGUUCAAGUGACGACGAUGAUGACUGCGAAACUGAAACUGAGAGUGAUGAUCCAACUUUAAGUUUACCAGGUUUACCUACCAUUAGUUUACCGGGAUUACCAACUAUCAGUUUACCAGGAUUAAGUGAUCCAACUAGUUUAAGUUCAAGCCCAAGUACAAGUACAAGUUCAAGUGAUGACGAUGACGAUUGUGAAACAGAGGACGGUGAUCCAACUGAAUCCAAUGAUAAUGAUCCAACCGAAAGUACUUCAGGACCAACUAUUAGCUUACCAAACAUUAGUUUACCAGAUUUAGGUGGUAACCCAAGUAGCUCAUCUUCUGAUGAUGACGAAGACUGUGAAACUGAAACUGAUGGUGAUGAUACUACUACAGGAAUAACAAUUAGUAUUCCUACUAGCUUAUUUGGUGAGACAAGUGAUAAUGUAAUCAAUACUUCUUCCAAUGAUCCAAGUGACCCAACUGAAUCCAGUGAUCCAAGUGAAUCAGGAGAUGACGACGACUGCGAAACUGAAACAGAUCCUAGUGAUCCUACUAGUCCUACUUCUGGAUUAAUCGGUAUUUCGAUUGCCACUUCAUCUGGAACCACUUCCUCUGUUGAUGAUUCAUCUAUUACUGUUGGUCCUUCAAGUGUUGAUUCAAGUUCUAGCAUCGAUGCUACUUCGUAUAUUGAGUCAGAGUCGGAUGAUGAUGAUUGUGAAACUGAAACUGAUGGUGAAACUGAUGGUGAAUCCACAAGCGUCGGUGUGACUGUGAGUGUUGGUGGAACCAGUGCUAUCACUUCUGGUGUUUCAAUUCCAUCUUCAUUCACCAUUGGUAACUUUUCUGCUACUAUUGGUUCAUCAACGAGCACCUCUGCAUCAUCUAUUGCAACAAGCAGCGAUGAUGACGAUGAUGAUUGUGAAACAGAAACAGAAACAGAAACGGAAGGCGAAACUACAAUUGUAACACAAUCUCAAGGCUUUACCUAUACUAUCACUUCAAAUGGUACGACUCUUAUUGUCACCAAUUCUUUCACAAAUGUCAAUUCUGGAACAACCACUGUUAUUGAUAGUGAUACUGAACUUGAUUGUGAAACCGAAACUGAAACUGAAGAAGAAUCUGGAUCAGGUAUCAUAAUUACAAAUACUGUUAGUGCCACUGUUACCAAUCUUAACACGGUUACAACCACUGAUGUUGAUACAGAAACAGACGAUGAAGAAGAUUGUGAAACUGAAGUUGUUACAGUUUCAACUGAAGAAAGUACCAUAGUUAAUGCACUUACAACUAUCACCACAACUAUCUUGCACACUUCGACUUAUGUUGUCGGAGAUGUUGUCGAUCCUGAAACUACUAUUGUUGUAACUAUGACAAAUACCAUUGCAGGUGAAAGUUCCUCAGAUUAUGAUUCAGAUGAAGAUUAUGAAGAAUAUUGUGAUACUGAAGUCGUUCUUGAAACAACCGGGACUGUCAUUGUGACAGUCACUAAUACAUAUGAAUCGACCGAAACUGAUUCUUGGUUAUACGAUUCUGAUGACGAUGAAGAUAAUUGUGAAACCACUAUCUAUAACGUGGUUACUAAUACUCUUGUUGCCCAAGAUACUACAAUAGUUGAAAUUGUCACCAACACAGUUGCUGCUGAAGAUUCAUCAGCAACUGAAAGUGCUGGAGGAUAUGUUUGCCCAGACUAUUAUGAUACUGAUGAUGAUGACGAUGACGAUGAUUCUUGUGACGCUACUUGUCCAUGUGCUGACGAUGGUAUUAUUUAUAGUAAUUCUGGCUCUGGAAGUGGAUCUAGUAGUUCUGGAUCUAAUGUUGGUUCUGGUUCUGGAUCUAGUUCUGGAAGCGGAUCUGGAUCUGGAAGUAGCUCUGGAAGUAGUUCAAUUUCUGGUUCUAAUGAUGAUGACGACGACGAGGACGAUGACAAUACUUGUACCGAAGAUGGUUCCGGUUCAGAUGAAGAUGACGACGUUGAAACAUUUGCAACUGUUAAAACAGCAACAGUAGCUUCAGUCUCUACUUAUGAAUCAGUUGAAACAUUCGUUACCACAAUAACAUCAGCCGGUAAACCAGUUGCUAGUACAUCUGUUCGUACAGUCACAUCACUUGAAACUAUACUCAGUACUUAUUUAACAGUUGGAGAUGUCACUUCUACUUUAACUUACGCUACUACUGCUGUAACUACCAGCGAUGAUUAUGAAUGUGAGACAGAUGAUGAUGAUUAUACAACUGCACUGAUUAUAUCUUUCUCAACUAGUGCCAAAUAUUAUAAUUCAAGUAGCAUUGCUACUAGUACAUCUACUGCUGCUGGUGGAAUUCUUGGUUUCCUUAAAAAUCUUGAAGUAAACAUCACUGCUCCAACAUCAUUCACUAUCUUACCAACUGAAACUUCAACUCCAUUAAUUGAAUCUCAAAGUGAUAGUGGUAGUAAAAUGGUUCAAACUAGUGGAUUAUUCAUGAUGUUAGCAUCCAUUUUAACUAUCCUCUUUACUUGA